UCUGUGCGCUUUACAACAACCUACCUCCCGACCUACCUAUCAACUACCCCUUCCCAUCAGUUGAUCCAUCCCAUCUAUAUAUCCAUCUGGUCUCUCAUCUCGAAAAUCGUUGUGGUCGCUGUUUUCUUUUCGUCUCUCGAACCGUGCUCCUCCUCUUCCACCUGGUCCGCUUCUACAUCCUAAUAUCUCUAAUAUUUGUUUCUUUACCUUUCGCAUACAUCAACAUGCUUUCUCAAAUUUGGAGUGUUUCCGCGCUGUGCGCUGGUGCUCUUGCUGCCCCAACCCUCACAUUCUCCGCUGGAUCGGCAGACAAGCCUACAGACAUGAAGAUUCUCUCUGAUUACUUUCAAAUGUUGGGCAAGAAGAUCCAGGAAGGGAAGAACAUGGCCGUAGCUCCUGUUUGCAACAUGGAGAACGCGAAGAUGCCUGCUGCUUCUCCAACACCUCUACCUGCUGUCACCGAAGGCCUGUUUUUGAAGCAUGUCGCAAUUGGACGAGGAACACAGAACUACACAUGCGAUACCAAGAAUUCAACCGCCAUUCCGGUCGCUAAUGGAGCAAUUGCCACACUCUACAACGCAUCAUGUGUAGCCGCAUCCUACCCAGAUCUACUUGCCGCCCUCCCAGACGUAGCUCUUCAAUUCAACCUCACAGAUGCCAACCAACGCUCGCUCUCCCCAUCCAACCUCGUCAUCAGCGGUCACCACUACUUCUCUAACGGCACCACCCCAGUCUUCACUUUGAACGUCGCCGGCAAAGAUCUAGGCACUGCACCCUGCCAGAAGAAUGCCGGAGUUCCUGCACCAGCUUUAACGACCAAAGGGCAGGGUGGUGAGGGUUUCGGUACCGUCGCUUGGCUGAAGCUCACUACUCGUGACGGCGCAACCGGUGGUCUCCAGGAAGUCUACAGAAUCAACACUGCUGGAGGAAAUCCGCCUACAUCAUGCACUGGCAUGCCUGCUUCCUUCGAGGUCCAGUACGCUGCUGAGUAAGCGCAUUCUCCUAACAAGAUUCUCAAAACAUACACUAACAAUUCCCUCUAGGUACUGGUUCUACGCAGUUUGAAACGGCAUCACUUUUGCACGCACAUCAUAGAUGACAGAUACCGAUACCAAUAUAAUUCACUUCCAACACUCGGCUCCGCUCCCGCAUCGCUCACGCGACAUUGGGGCGAGCAUACUUUUUACAUACAGAGAGAGGGAUACGAUAAUUCAUCACGCUGCUACUUGUUACCUUACCCAUCUACCCUACAUACCUACCUAUUGUGGCGAACGGAGCAGUGACAGUGGCAGCGAUUAAAGGCCGGCGGGUGGGUGAACUGGAGCAUGCAGGGGCAAAAGGUGUUCGCGGGAUGGAUGGAUGGAUGGCUGGCUGGCUGGCUGGCGCAGGGGUGGUCGCGAAGGGGUGGACUGGGGUUUGGGUUUGGGUUGAUUCAUAGCAGGGCAAUUAAUGGCAUGAACAUAUUCUUCGAACCUUCUUCCGCAUCAUCUCGUGCAAAUUCUUGAUUUCGUGAGCUUACCUGCUUUCAGAUCAUGUUCGUGCCUUGUCCCUCCCUGCCUGGUUCCGGAACCAGCAUGGUGAAGAUAAGCUUCUGGAUAACCUUUCUCCAACUUUCUCCACCUAAAGUCUUGUUCGGUUGAAUUUCUCAGCCUAAAUGUUGGGCGCAGGUGUGUUCCAACACAAACCCCGACAAAUCACAGCCCUCUCAUAGAAAAGUGUGUACGGAUCUGAAACGCUCUUCUUUAGAUUUUGUGACUGGAUUUCUGAGUUGCAACUGCUGCAGGUCAGAUGUAGCCGAACCAACAGCCCCGCCCAGUUCAGCCAAGUCGUGCCUCCGCAAAGUGAACGUAAACCAGAUAUGUCCAGAUAUGUGGCAAUGUCAUCCCUACCCUACCAUGCCUCUGUAUCUUCUCUGUUGGGUCUCUGACACUAUAUGCUGCUUAUACGUACACAUAGGUUCGUGCAUUAUCGCUUGGCAACCUCGUACUUGGGUUCCAUGGUUCCGUCCCAUCUCACCUUUGGAUUCUCCCGGCUCCUGAAACGUGUGGAGGGAGAGAGGGAGAUCAAACGACUGAGACGGGGAGUCGAACACCAACAAAGAAGCCUUGGGCAGCUUUUGAGCCGAGUUUCUGGGCUGGGCUUUUGGAACGUGUAUCUUGGAUUUGGAAUCUGUGCUUGUGUGGUGAUUGUUUGAACUCGGUGAAACAUGUUGGGAUCUUUGGAUGGAUGAAAUUUGCCGGAUUUCCUGACGCAAUCGAUAAUAAAAACUUCUUGGACUUAUCCUCGGUUGUUACGAGAAGUCAUGUGGUGUAGUGGAUGGGAUAAGUUUGUGUUGAAAGGGGUUAUUGAUGGAAAAUUAUAGUGCCGCGUAAUGAUAUGUCACUUGACAGUCUCAGAGUAAAAAUCCGGCUAACAUCAUCUGGACGGAGCCGGUAUAAGGCCGUCCAAAUAAUCAAUAGCAGAUUUCAAACUUUCUUGGGACGGACAAGCUUUACUGGCCAUCCUAUGAACCAAAGAAGUGAUCUAACCGUGGCACUCGAUCCAUCACUUGACAGAUGGAAACCAACAGAGCCCGGUUUGACUGAAUAAAGAUUAUUCAGUCUCAAAAGCCUAACGGGGAGAGCGUCUCGAGCCACCUCUCAUGUCAAACUCGGUAGAGGGCGGAGCUUCGUCUCCGCAUCUGGCAUGACCUACCAACAAAUUCCCAUAUUCAAACCCUCAGCUCGUAACUUGUAACUCUCAGCCAGUGAACAGAAGAGGUCCUGCCCCAUCAAUAGAAAAGAGUAACAAGACGGAGAAUAAGAGAAGCCAACGAAAGCUACUAUACAAAUCUGCCAUGGAAAAUGUUCAGACAUCAAAAUGUUCGGACAUCAAAGACCAUUUAAUUGACCCCAUGGAGAACGUCACACUCGGCGUAUGAGUCUCGCACUGGCAACUUUCCAAGCCUUCUCAUCCAGCCGAAGAGCCUUGACUCUUUCAACUCCAAGCAAAGUCCAAGUAUAAUUGGGGGCGGCGCAGUAAGCAUGUACGACAACCUCAUGUUUACAAUGCCAUGCUCAGGAGGCGUCGUGCUCCGGGGACCCGAUUACCCAAACUUGCGACGCGAAGUACACACCUGUAUCAGAAAGCUUACAGCCUCAUCUGGGUCUUCUGGGGCCUGCAUCUCGAGGUUUCAAGAACCUGGACCUGGCGUGACGUCGGAAUACGGGUAAUGGCGAUGACAUCUGAUACAGUUAAUAAGAGGUGUAGAUCAUAAGAUUUUCGAAAUCCUUGAGGGUGUGAUUGGAGAUCUUGGAUGUUUGGAUGUUUCAAGUGGGUGUUGAAACGAGACCCUUGGGCUUGGAGUGUUGGUUCUAAUAGAUUCAAUGAGGGGGCGUCCUGAUUGGGAUAUUUCAUGUCGAGAACAUCUGGUAAAUAUGGGAACCGAUAUAUGGCAUUUGGGAAAAUAUUUAUGGACGAUUUUAUGUUGCCUGUGCCGAGUUGAAGAA